UUUUUUUUUUUUUUAGGAAAGAACAAUCAGUUGCGCACACACAAAAUGGGAAAUGACUGCCUAGCAAGUAAUAUUGCAGAAGGGGAUCUGGGAGUCAUAGUGGUCCACAAGCUAAAUAUGAGUCAACAAUGUAACUCUUGCCAAAAAAAAAAAAAGAUUAAUUCUGGGAUGUAUUUGCAGGACUGUCUUAAGAAAGAUACACAAAGUACUUCUGCUCUACCCUGCAUUAAUUAGGUCUCAGCUAGAAUACUGUGUCUAGUUCUGGGCACUAUAUUUUAGGAAAGAUGUAGACAAAUUGCAACAGAAUUGCAAGAGCAACACAAAUGAUUAAGAGUCCGGAAAACAUGACCUGAGAGGCAAGAUUGAAGAAAUUGGGUUUGUUUAAUCUGGAAAAUGAAAGCCGUUAUGUCCCUUCUCAGUCUUCUAAGCACACAAAUGGUUGUUGCAAAUAGGAGGGAGAAAACUAUUCUUCUUAAUCUCUGGGGAUAAAAUGUGAAGGAAUUGGAUUAAAUUACAGCAAGGGCAGUUUAGGUUGGACACUAGGAAAAACUGCCUAACUGUCAGGGCGGCUAAGCACUGGAAUAAAUUGCCUAUGGAGGCUGUAAAAAUCUCCAUCAUGAAGAUUCUUAAGAGCAGGUUUGACAGGCACCUAUCAGGGCUAAUCUAGAUUAGGUUUUCCCGAAUUUUUUUUGGCUCUGGAGCCCCUAUAGGGUCCUGGAAAUUUGGGGUAGCCCUUACUAGCUCUUUCUCAAUGUCAGCAGCAAGUUCUUGAAUGUGACAUGCAACAGUAUUGUUUGAUAGCAGUACUGCUUCCACUUUUUUUUUUUUAAACUAGAAUACUCAUCAGGCAUAUAUAUUGCAAUAUCUUUUGCACAAAGCUUGAUGGAGCUUUUCUGCAAUUGUAUAUGCUUCUCCAGUGAGUGCAAUUCUGUAGUUCAUGUUGUAGGAUGCUUCUGUUGUGUAUUCAUUGUCUGAUUUAUCUAUUUUCAUCCCUGAUACUUUACUAUUUGAAAGUGUCAAGCUUUCACUUGAAAAAGUGCAGGUCUAUAUGUUCAGAAUGAUCUGUUUCUAAAUGUCUUCAUUGUUUAGCAGGCAUCAGAGAACUUUUGGAAAGUACUUUGUUGCACAAGACACACUGCGCGUCAGGAUCAUCUUUAUUUCCAAUCACAACACUAGAUUUGUAAUGAAAUGGAGUCUGGGACAAACUCUUUUCGAGUGGAAUUUCCUGAUUUUUCUAGCACCAUUUUACAGAAGUUGAACCAGCAGCGCCAGCAGGGACAGUUAUGUGAUGUUUCCAUUGUAGUUCAGGGCCAUCUAUUCAGAGCCCAUAAAGCUGUCCUUGCAGCCAGCUCACCUUACUUCUGUGAUCAAGUACUUUUGAAAAAUAGCAGGCGAAUAGUCCUGCCUGAUGUGAUGAAUCCAAGAGUGUUUGAGAAUAUCUUGCUGUCUACUUACACGGGACGGUUGGUGAUGCCAGCUCCAGAAAUUGUCAGUUAUCUGACAGCAGCAAGCUUCCUUCAGAUGUGGCAUGUGGUAGACAAAUGCACUGAAGUGUUAGAGGGGAACCCAACAGUUCUCUGUCAGAAGAUGAAUCAUGGCAGUGACCAUCAAUCUCCAAGCAGCAGUAGCUAUAAUGGGCUUGUUGAAACCUUUGAGCUGGGCACUGGAGGACAGCCAGAUUUCCACAAAGCGCAGGAGCUGAGGGAUGGUGAAAAUGAAGAAGAAAGCUCUAAAGAUGAGCUGUCAUCUCAGCUAACAGAACACGAGUACCUUCCUAGUAAUUCUUCAACAGAACAUGACAGACUCAGCACAGGAAUGACAAGUCAGGAUGGUGAAGAGGGAGCCAGUGACAGUGCAGAGUGUCAGUAUACGAGGCCUAUCUAUAGCAAACCCAGCAUCAUGUCGCACAAGCGUUGGAUCCAUGUGAAACCAGAAAGAUUUGAGCAGGACUGUGAUGGUGUAGAUGCACAUAUUUCUUAUGAUGAGCACCAGGUGUCUGAAUCUAUGAAUGCCAUUCAGACAGAACAUUCGAUCCAGUCUUCAGGAGUUGAAGACUUUCAUGUAAGUGACAAAAAGAUGGAGGCAGAAUUUGAUGAACAGGCUGAUGAAAAUAACUAUGAUGAGCAAGUUGAUUUCUAUGGCUCUUCCAUGGAAGAAUUUUCUGGUGAAAGGGCAGAUGGAAAUCUAAGUGUUCACAGACAGGAUGUUAUGAUAGCAGCAGGGUACGGCGAGAACAUUGAAAUGGCUACAGGAAUUAAAGAAGAAACCACUCUCUCUGGAUUUUCAUCUGCUGACAAACUAUAUCCUUGUCAAUGUGGCAAAAGCUUUACACACAAGAGUCAGAGGGAUCGGCACAUGAGCAUGCAUCUGGGUCUUCGACCUUAUGGUUGUGGUGUCUGUGGUAAGAAAUUCAAAAUGAAACAUCACCUUGUCGGCCAUAUGAAAAUUCACACAGGCAUAAAACCUUACGAGUGUAAUAUCUGUGGGAAAAGAUUUAUGUGGAGGGACAGUUUUCAUCGGCAUGUAACUUCUUGUACUAAGUCAUACCAAGCCUCCAAAGCAGAGCAGAAUACUACUGAGAUGAACUAAAAUAUAGGACUUCUUAUUGUUCAGCAGAGUAAGCAAAAUAAACUAAUUAUGCAAA